UAACUGUUCAUUAAUGAUUAAUCAAAAUAUACCAGACAUUUGUCCAUUUUUGGGUAUUCCAACAAUAAUUAAUCAUAAUGAAAAACCAAAAAUUGUUAUUCCAUCAAAUGAAAUAGUUACAAAAUCAACUGUAACAGAGGCAUCAGCAGCAACAACAACAGCAACAAAAACAGCUACUGAAGCUACACAAAAAAAUAUAGAAGAAAAUCAUAGUGUACCAUCACCGAUGCCAACAAAAUCAGUUGCUGAACCAACAACAGAAAAAUCAAAUAAUAAAACAACUACAAUUACAGACAACGGUACAACUCCAUCAACUGGAACAAUGUCAGCAUCAGGAAUAACAGUUACAUUUUUAUUCUGUUUCGCUUUAUUCGUUGGAUGUAUGUUAGUCCUUUUACGUAAUGAAAAUGUAAGAAGUAAAAUACGUGGUGUAUUAACAAGGAAUUCUAAUAGUGGCGUACAAUAUAGUCGGGUACGUCACGAAGACGCUGCAAAUUUAUUGCUACAAAAUGUUCCAGAUGACUCGGACGAUGAAAAUCUUUUAUAAUUUAUUUUUUUGCUUUUCUUUUUAAUUUUAAUUUUGAAUUUUUAUCAUUAAAAAUAAAAAAUGUAAAGAACAUUUAAACAUUGUAACUAAUAUUUCUAUGUUUGUAAGUGAUCGAAAACAAAAAAAAAAAAAAAAUAGAAAAAAAAAAACAAAUUGUGAAGACAUAAUAUUUUUGUAUUUAAAAUAUUUUGAAAAAUAUUUUUAUAAAUUAAAUAAACAAAAUAUAAUUACGAGUAUGAAUUGAAUUUUAUAAAAUUCAUAAAAUUUGAAAAAUCAAAAAAAUAAUGCAUAAAAUAUAUAAAAAUAAGAAUAAGCUUUUUAUAUUUUUUAAUGUUGUGAAUAUUGUUCAGGUUUGCGGGGAAUUAUUUUACAUGAGUCAUAAAUAUUUUACAAAGUUUAUGUUUGUAAACAAAUUAGCCAUUACAAAAAAAAAUGGCUAACAAUAAUACAAAAUUUAAUAUGCAAUUUAAUUUGGAAGUACACAAAUAAGGUUGAAUUGAAAGUAAUUAAGUUAAGUAUGCACGUACAAUAGAAUUGUCAAAUGGUAAUUUGCGCUAUUUUCUUUUAUUCAAUUAAAUAUACAAAACUUGUUUAAAAAUUCACUCUUACACGAAUUUCUUUUUCGAUUUUUACGAGUUUUUUUAAAAUAAUUAAAAAAAACUAGGCGGUAACCCGAAAUAGCUUGGUGACAUUUGACACUGACAUUAUCUGAUAAUAAAAUUUCAAAUCGCAUAAGUAAGUCAAGGCAGUAUUGUCAUCUAUUCAUUUCAUUUUCAUUAUUUUCCAGUAAAAUAUUUUACAUUUUGCUUCCUCCAUUUAAUUGAAUUUAAAAGUUGACACUUAAAAAUGCCAUUAGCGUCACUUAUAGAAAAAUUGUGAGUUUGUCAAAAUAAUGUCAAAAUAAUUUGCAGAAGAGAAACAUUUUCUUUCUCGAGUAGCCCCAGGUGAAUAUUAAUAGUUGUCGUUGUGUACUACGAAAAGUUUACAAAAUUAUAAUUAUAACUCAUGUAAAAAUUUCCGAAAAAAAAAAAUUAUUUUUAUUUUCCAUUAUAAAACUAAAAUUUAUUCAACAAAUAAAAUGUUUAAAUGUAAAAUUUUGCUAAUCACAGUGUCUUUUCAAAUAAAAUUAAUCGUAUGUAUGUAUAAGUGUAUAUAAUUUAAGUUUUUGAAAAUUAUGAAGGUGGGUUUUUCGAUAGUUUUACAUGAAAAUUGAAUAUUCAGAGAUCUGUCAAAAUGUUGGUCAAAUAAAAGCUUCUCAAUAGUUUUAUUAAUCAAAAAGUUUGACAACUAUGACAUUUAAAGCUCCCGCAAAACUAUUGAAAACUCACUUUUAUUUUGUAAAAUUUUUUAAGUUGUUAUAUAAAAUUAAGCCUUUAAUAAUGUAAAUAAAAUUAAUUAUUGAUUUUGUUAUUUUUACAUAACUAUUAAAAAUUAUUUUCAUUAAAAAUGUGUUUGUCGAUUUCUAAAUGAAAUACGAAUAAAUUUUCUAUACCAAUUAUUUUUCACUUUGCAUAUCAUUUGAAUUUUUAUAUUUGUUUUCUUGUUCUAAUUAAAAUUUAAUUAAUUUUAAUAAAAUAUAAAAAUAUUAUAAUUUUAAGUAUAUAAAUUUAAUAUCAUAAAGCAUUUAUAAUUUGAAAUAUUUUCUUAAUUUAAUUCUAAUAAAAAUGAAAAACUGAAGCAUUAAAAUUGUCAUACUAAAAUCAGAUUAGUUAUAAUUAAUUGGAACUUAAAAUUAUUUUCGGUUCAAUUUUUUUUUUCAAAUACCGUAGAUUUAUUAAUGAAUUAAUUAAAGAUUUAAUUUUAUUAACCCAUUUUUUCCUCGUUGUAUUGAUAUUGGCAGGGACUUUUAAAUUGUACUAAGCACGCGUUUUUGUUUUGAAUUGCUUUUUGAAAGAGUUUUAUUCCUGGUAAUAUCAAAAUCUGUGGUAAUAUUCGCACAUUGCGAAAAAAUGGGUUAAUUUAUAUUCAAGAUUGUAUUUAAAAUCUACCAUAACAAAAAUUUUUGCACUUUUUGGUAGUAGUAAUAACAUUUUUAAUUAUAAAUCAUUGAACACAAUUAAAGGCAAUGUGCCUUAGAAUAUUUCAUUUUUUGCCUAUAUUACAUAAUACUACUAAGUAAAUAAGUAUUAAUAUUAAAAAAAAAUUAAGAAGGUUUUAAUAAACAUUAUAAAGUUUGUUUUUUUUUUCAUGUAGGGUGUAUUUUUGAAAAAAUAACCUUCUUAGAAUAACAAAGACAACGAAAAUUGGAAAUGAAAAUUAGAAAUUGCUAUUAAAAUUUGAUAAAAAUUUUUAAAAUAAAUAAAACCAAAAUAAUUUAAAAAAUUAUAGAAUAUAUUGAAUAAUAUAGAGAAAUAAUAGGAGUUUGUGUUAGGGCCUCGUUUAUACUUGCCUUUAUAAAAUAAAUGGAACAAAUUACAAAAAAAAAAAUUUCAGAAAUAAGUUACAAACUAGUGGAGAAAAUUGAUUAUUUCCCACUGUAGUAAGUUUGGCAAAACUCAGCUCAGAGUAGACAAGUAUGAUGAGGACUUAAAUUGUAUUAAAAUUUUUUUCUUUUUUGUUUCAAUUUUCGUGUUUAUUUAAAGAAAAAAAAUUUCAAUUUUAAUAAUGUAGUUUCAUUUUUUCUCUCUUUAUUUCAUUUCUCUUGUUAUAAUAUUCUCUUCUAAUUUUGAUCCGAACAUUUAUGUUAUAAUUGCUUUAGUACUCCCGUAUGUUUCUUAUUUUGUCGUAUUUAAAUUUAAUAAGCGUAUUGGUGAGUACGUAUAUGUAUGUAAAAGGAAAGGGAAUUUGAUCUCAAUUAAAACGGUUUAAUUACAAAAAAAUCUGUGGUUUUAAUUCUUAAGAAUGUUGGAAGACUAUGUGUAGGGUAUGGAAUGAAAAUAAAUAAGCAUUUUAGAAUUAAAUUAUUUUUUUUUUCAAAAUUAAAUUAAGAUAUAAAGUAUAAAUUAAUAAUUUUAGUUUCUGGAAAAUUGAAAAAUUAAAUUUAUUUUGAAUUAUUUUGAGUUAAAAAUUUUUAAUUAAUAUUUUUUAAAAUAUUCACAUAAAUAUUUUGUUGGUUACUUUGCAAAUAGGGUUUGUAUUUUUUUGUUAAAUUUUUAGUGUAAAUUUAAAAUUUAGUUCCUUUUUAAAAAAAAUGUCUAGAUUAUUUCAACAUAAACAAAAUUUUUAUAUAAAAAAAUAAAUUGCAAAUUACAAAAUUAUUUUAAAAUUCAAAAUUAAUUUUUCAAUAAAGACAAGAUAUUUUUUUUAAAAAAAAAAAAAAAGACUAUAAAAUUCAAGUUUUGGCAUUUUAAAUGUCUGUGAUAAAUUUUUUGAAAAUUUCAAAUUAAAAUUUAAAUGAAUUAAUAAAAAUUUUGUUUUUGUUUCAUAUAGCGAAAUGUAAUGAGAGUAUUUAAUACUGCCCUUGCCUUUUCAUACUAAUCAGGGCAAUAAUACUAACAAGGGCAGUAGUAUUUAAUAAUUACAAAAAAUUUUUAUAAAAUUCAUUUAAAAAAACCCACAGAGCCUUAUCUUUCUUAUCUUAUUAAAUUUAAGGGAAGAACUUAUAAAUAUUUUAUUAAAAUUCAAUUUAAUUUCAACUUGCAAACAUUUUUCUUCAUUUUUUAAAUAAAAAAUUAACAAUUUAGUUGUUAAUUUAACAAAUAAAUUAUUCAAAUUAAAAUAUUAAAACAUUUAAAAUGAAUUUAUUAAUUAAAUUUUAUCGGUUAUUUAAAAUUUUAUAAAAAUAUAAAAAAAAAUUUUGAGUGCCUCGUGAAAAAAUUUAUAAAAAAUUUAAUUAGAAAACAAAAAUUUUAAAAUAAUAUUAAGCACUUAAACACCAAAAGGGUUGAAAAAAUUUACCACCACCACCAUAUUGUAUUAACUAAGAAAAAAAA